GCUCAAUGCUCAUCAGUGUAACAGUUUGACUGUACACAGACGAACGGAGAAGACGACAGUGAGAAGAUGAAGCUACUGGGAUGGUGGCUAAUGCUAGUGGGAACGCUCCGAUUAGCAUCAGUCUGGUUCGGGUUCUUCGAUAUCUGGGCUCUUCGGCUCGCCGUUUUCUCAAAAACCACAAUGACUGAAGUUCAUGGGAGGACAUUUGGAGUGUGGACUCUGUUGACCUGUACUCUUUGCUAUCUCUGUGCCUUUAACCUUGACAACAAGCCCUUGUAUUUAGCGACUUUCUUAUCUUUUAUCUACGCCUUGGGUCAUUUCUUGUCUGAAUUCCUGAUCUAUCACACCAUGGAAAUAAGAAACCUUAUGACUGUCGGAGUCUUUGCAGGAACGUCAAUCAUAUGGAUGUUGUUACAAUGGAAUUCACAUCAACCUGUGAAGACUAAGAGUCCUUAAAUGCGAAAUGGCACAUCAACCUUUGUGUUUGAAAUGAUUCAAAAAGUUGCUGCUCUGAAAGUCUGAACCGUUUAGUUCUUGCUAUUAGUUAACAUCCUGAGGUUGCUGAACAGAUUUUUUAGCCAUUUUUUUAGCUUUUGUUGUUGGCAUCUCAGUAACCUUAAUCUUGUCAAUUCAUGUAACUCUAAUCUUGUGUUUCUGAUUCUGAAACUUACAUUAUAGUUUCUUGAUGCACUUUGAUUCAUUCUGUCA